AUGAGGCCUGUCGAUCAUCUAGAGAACAUUCUCAAGAAGGGUUCUUCACGCGAAUCGUCAAAGGCUUUUAUCGAUAACUAUGGCGAGGAACAAACUUCGGCGAUGUGUUUUUUGAUCGCCAAUGAAGAAAGCUAUUCGUUUUUAAAGAUCUUUAAUUAUAAGACUUUGUUUGAAGGAUUUGGAUAUUGCUUAGCGAGAAUUCUUCGACCCGUAUGGAGGCAGCGAAUACUUAAAUUAAGUCCAAAUGCCACAAACGUAAAUCGGCUGGAUACAAGCAUUCCUGAACAAAAGCUUCAAUAUAUUGUCAAAAAGUUGUUAAACCUCAAGAAAUUCUGUGACAAGCAUCCUGAUUUAAAAACCCUGCAUCACCUCGAGAGUGGUCCUCUGACGGCGCCACCACAAGCCAUUGGCAUAAGUGGUCUAUACGAUGCGCUCGUUAGGAUGACCGAUGCGAUUUCCUUUAUCUUACUCAUGCUGGAGUAUAGCUUGCCUGAAACGAUCGAAGGUGUAGAUCUAUCAACCAAGCAAACGAUAGCCAACUCAAACUUCGACCAGUUGGUGACUGAUAUGUCG